GAUGGUGACAAUAGUGACCGUGAACUCGCUAAAUGUUGGGAGAUUGCUCGUAGAAGUGAACCCUCGAUCAACAUUCAGUACUCAAUAGUUUUAGGAAAAGGAACUAUAUAUGGUGGAACUACCAACGGUGAUGAAGAACAAACAAAACGAGUACGUUUUCAUGAGGAAAAGCCUCCACCAAAUAAGAGAUCAUCAAGAGAAAAGAAGAGGGAUACAUUGCCGGAUGGAACAAAAGUUGAGAAGGCGACUACUCUUAACCUGAAUUGGAUUCUUCCCUCUGGUAAAAAUGUUUGUGAUAUUGUUUCCAGGAAAAUAUCUGCAAAUGCGGAAGCAAUCAAAAAAAAGAAGAAGAUAUCAGCUUCAGAAAAAGCCACAUUACGUUAUGGAUCAUCACGAAUCAUCGAUUUAUCCACAAAUAUGACGAACUGGUUCUCCGUUAAUGAUAGGAAAUUCAUGAUGAAAGACCACAAGGCUAUAUUGCAAGUUCCUGUCAUGACGGAUGAGGAAAACUCAUUUGUAGUAGCAGUUGAGAAUAUAAUAUGUGAAGAAAAAAUAAAUGAGGCGUACGAUUUUUGUAUUAAGAAACACAUUAACUCCGAAAAGAACAGCUAUAUCUAUAAACUUAGCAAAAUAUAUAGUGACUUCAUUUAUAGAUGCAAAGACCAAACAGAUAUGCUGGGCAGUGGACACACAGAAAUUGAUGUAAUUCUGAAGACUUGUUCGUAUAUCAUUGAAGGGCUAAACCAGGGUCUUGUAAUACGUCAAAGAUGGGGCGAUUCCUUUUGUCCAUUAACCAAAAGUACAGAAUAUAACAAUGGUCGCAAAUGUGAUGUGCGUUUCCUCUCGGCAUUAGGAGUAGAUAUAGGAGAGUGGGAGUUCGCGUCAAAUUUCACAGCACAAAAAGCGAUUGGUGACCGUUGCCGAUCUGCACGGAUAAAUCAGUCUAUUUUAAACGGUUGCUGGCACAAGCGGUCAAAUGUUGGUCGAAGAUUUAGUUGA